AUGGAAUGAGUCUUAUUCUAGCACUGGGGAGUCACAGCCCGCCCCCCCGUAAUGCACCACGGGCAGGGAGCGCCCUGCGAGCCCUCAGACCCCUCUCUCCAGGGGCCGGUGCUGGGGCUAGUGGUCACAAGUGUCUCUAGACCGGGCUGUCACUCGGUUCCGUUCCCUGCUCCCCGCUGUGCCACCUCCCGCGGGAAGAACAACCCGGGCUGAGCGCCCCCACCCCGGGCAGCGGCACCGGAGCCCCCCGCCGGGCCCCUCACCGGCUCAUGGCUCCGGCCCCCAGCCAAGCGCCUCCGCAGCCCCGCGCCCGGCUCCCGGCGUCUCCUCCGAGGCCUCCCCGCCCAGAAACACGCUCUGCGCCGCGGGUUCCGGCUCGGCUCCGCGCGGGGCGGGGCGGGGAGAAAGCGGCUUUCCGGCUCUGCGCGCCGCGGCCUCGCUCGGGCGCCCGGUCCGGCUCCUGCUUCCGUCCGGGCCCUUUUCGACGGAGCAACCGCCGCCGCCGGGCCGCUCCACGUGGGGCCGCCGGGGGGCGGAGCGGGGCAGACGGAGCGAUGUUCACAAGCAAGCUCUUCACACUGGUGCUGGUGGUGCAGCCCCAGCAGGUGUUGCUGGGCAUGAAGAAACGUGGAUUCGGGGCUGGGCGCUGGAAUGGAUUCGGGGGCAAAGUGCAAGUGGAUGAGACCAUAGAGCAGGCAGCCCACAGCCACGGUGUAGGGAACUGGACUGUACACAGAUGUAUCUAACUGCUUAGAAAGCCAUAGCAGUGUCACACCCAGUGAAAUGAAGCCUGUGAAAUGAAGCUUUACGCUCUGUUGCUGAGAAAACAUCUAUUUUAGACACUAUCAUCUAUUCCAGGAAGAUCAACUAAAAUUAGUCAAACCAUGAAAUCAGUGUGUAAUUCUAAAAUGGGAUUGAUGCCAGAGAGAGGUUGAUACCUUACGGAAGGUUCCCAUUACACUUAACUUGGGAGUUACUGCCCUGCCAAAAAUAAUAAUAAAAUCCAACUGCACAUUCAUUUUAAAGUCAAGUCUAACUUUAAUUAAAUACUGCAGCUGAAUAUACAGUAGCUUUCAAACUAUGAGUUAUUGCUGUACAUUGGAAGAGCCCUGGACUAAGCUCACAGUUCCAUACCGAAUCUGUCAGGGGCAGGCAAAAAACUGCCUAAAGUGCAUUUAUGUAAAUAAAGCAGUUCAUCUAUUUUUUUCCCCAAGUGGCCCAAGCCCUGUGUGAUGAAGUGGGGAACUGGCUGGCAACUUCAGAGAAGACAUAGCAGAAUUUUAAGUAUAUCCUUUAGCCUCUCCUACUUUCACAUAGUGUGUACACAGCAAGUUCACUGUAGUCACUGCUUUUUUGUAAUAGUUGACACAAUUUACACUGGUCUAAAUAAGAUGUAAAAUAUUUGGCAUCACAUGGAUUGUGAGGAUAUCCUGCAUUAGUAUUGGAAUGAAGCCCAGCAGUUCUGUCCUCUGAACACAGUUCACUACAGGUUUUUGUACUGGCAAUUCAGACCUGCAAAUGAAAGCUGUUACAUAUUUGACCAAUAAAAUACUGCUGAAGAUUCAGAAUAUCUGAAUUAAAAGGGGAGCCAGAUCAAUAUUUAAAUGAGACACCUUUUGUAGUCCUUAGGUGUGCAUUGGAAGCGGAGGUGACAAGUCAAAAGUAACAUUCUUCUCUGGGUCAGUGGCAUGGCCCCCAGCAUGGUGUUUUCCGAUAAGAUGUAAAUGUGGCUAUUUUUGCUCAUCAGAGAAGAAACUGACACUUUUCAUAACAAUAGGCAUACCAACCCAACAGUUCUGAACAAAUUUAAGCUUUGAUCAUUGCAUCCAACCUUCCAAAAUCCCCCCUGCAUUUCAGCUGGAUAUAGUAUUGACUUCCUGUCUCGAACCAUUACCUAGUAUCCUGUGCUAUUAAACAGCAGUUUCAUUCUGCCUCAGCAGUUGCUGAAUUCCACUGGUAAAUGCAGACAUCCCUAUAUAUCUUACCUUCCUCAUCAAGAUGUCUGAAAGCUUAACUGAUAUUUGCAAAGCACUAUGUGCUGCCUUGGGGAAGGAUCCCAUAGAACUGCUCAGUAUUAAAAGUGAGGCUGGAGAUGGUGAGAGUUUUCACCCAGCUGUAGUGUAUCUUAAAAAGGAUCUGCCCCUUGCAAGAGGAGUAAUGUUUGAAUAACUUGAUUUAGUACAAAAGUACAGAGUUCAACUGUAAAAGGCUAAACCUAAUCUUUCCUCUACCUAAUUUCUCCAGAAUGUCUCUUUUUUAAAAUCUUGAUUUUUUUCCUAUAACAAGUAUUUACAACAUUUUUAAUAAGCCUGCUUCCGGCAAUGAGCAGUAGGCUUGUCCUAAAUCCACUGAGAUCUCUACUCACAGGGUGCCAUUUUCUGCCAGUCUUCCCCUGUAGAGUCUGGAAUACGCCAUUAUUAUCCAAACAGCAACAUUCACACACACAAAGUUGUAACAGUUCCCUGCUUUCUGGAUUUCAUGAUGUAUCAUUUAGGAAUGGCUCAUUAGCCCUUGCUCUAAUAGUUUUCAUC